GAAAAGAUGGAGACACCUAGAGAAGUCCUAUUAACAACUUUAGAACAUUUGGAGGAAAAGGACUUAAAAAAAUUCAAGUGGUUCCUGGAGAAGAAGGUCCUAACAUUCCCAGGAAUCCCAAAGAGUCGACUCGAGAAAGCAGCAGACCGGAUGGACACAGUGGAUCUGAUGCUUCCCUACUACGGCAUACACACCAUUAAAGUGACCAUAGACGUUUUGAAAGAGAUCCCGAGGAAUGAUCUUGUCGAGGAAUUAUCAAAAUUCCCAUCAGACCCUGAAGAUAUUCUCACGAAGUGCCAAGGUGAACUCAAAUCAAAACUGAAGGAAACAUUUGAAAAUAUCACAUUUAUGGACAAAUCUGAAACCCUACAUAAAAUCUACACGGAGAUCUACAUCACCAGGGGAGACACCACAGAGGUCAACAAGGAACAUGAGGUCAGACAGAUCGAACAAGCAUCCAGUAAACCAGACAGACCAGAAACACCCAUCAGCCAAGAAGACCUCUUUAAAGGCUCAACUGAAAGAGGUAAACCAAUCAGAGCAGUGAUGACAAAGGGAGUGGCUGGCAUUGGGAAAACAGUCUUAACACAGAAGUUCACUCUGGACUGGGCUGAAGGCAAAGCCCACCAGGACAUCCAGUUCAUAUUUCCAUUCACCUUCAGAGAGCUGAAUGUGGAGAGUGAUGAAAAGUACAGCUUGGUGGAACUCGUUCAUCACUUCUUCUCUGAAACCAGAGACGCAGGAAUCUGCAGGUUUGAUCAGUUCCCGGUCGUGUUCAUCUUUGACGGUCUGGAUGAGUGUCGAUUUCCUCUGGACUUCCUCAACACUGAGAUCCUGACUGAUAUCACAAAGUCCACCUCAGUGAAUGUGCUGCUGACAAACCUCAUCAGGGGGAAGCUGCUUCCCUCUGCUCGCCUCUGGAUAACCACACGCCCUGCAGCAGCCAAUCAGAUCCCUCAUGAGUGUGUGGACAUGAUGACAGAGGUCCGAGGGUUCACUGACCCACAGAAGGAGGAGUACUUCAGGAAGAGAUUCAGAGAUCAGGAGAAGGCCGGCACCAUCAUCUCCCACAUCAAGACCUCACGAAGCCUCCACAUCAUGUGCCACAUCCCAGUCUUCUGCUGGAUCUCUGCUUCAGUUCUGGAGGACAUGUUGAAAACUGAGGGAGGAGAGCUGCCCAAGACCCUGACUGAGAUGUACAUCCACUUCCUGGUGGUUCAGUCCAAAGUGAACGUCAAGUAUGAUGGAGGAGCUGAGACAGAUCCAGAGAGCAGGAAGAUGAUGGAGUCUCUGGGGAAACUGGCUUUUGAGCAGCUGCAGAAAGGCAACCUGAUCUUCUAUAAGUCCAACCUGAGAGACUGUGGCAUCGAUAUCAAAGCAGCCUCAGUGUACUCAGGAGUGUUCACACAGGUAUUUAAAGAAGUGAGAGGAACGUACAAGGACAAGGUGUUCUGCUUCGUCCAUCUGAGCGUUCAGGAGUUUCUGGCUGCUCUCCAUGUCCAUCUGACCUUCAUCAACUCUGGAGUCAACCUCAUGGCCCCCUGGUGGUCUAAAGCAGUGGGGUUGUAA